CCAAUUUGCUGCAAAAACGUCGAUUUGCGGUUGGUUAAGGUUGCGAUUAUGCAACUGGCUUCCACCAACUUCUGCCUAGUAAGAUUGCAGAAUUCAAUGUUAUUUUGCAGAAAACUAUGGAUACUAGCUGUCUUCUUAACACUACAUCUAUGUAGAUCUCAAACCAUUUGUUCAAAGACCAAGAUUUCACCGUUUAAUGAACAAGAUGACUCAAUUUCCUGUGAGGCAAUUCCUUAUAGCUCGCUCCAGAGUAUCUUCCAAAUAACGGCAACAGUGAACAAUUCUACGGGCACAUUAGCUUCCGCAUUGACCCGCGAAACGCGUACUGGAGCAUUACUUUCUGAGGCUGUUAACGAAAGCAUACAAAACACGACUCUCUCAACAACAUCUCCUACAUUGGGCGAGUCGGAAACAAUCGGGACUCAUUCUACUGAAACAGUAAAUUCAUCCUCUUCGUCAGAGAAGUCGACUGCGGCAUCUCCAGUGCCUACUAAAGAAGCUAAGCGCUUUAAUUUUGCUUCUACAGACUGUGCUGCUGCUAUCCUCGAAGCAAAUGCAGAGGCGAAAAUGCCGUCUGCUAUUCUUUCAGAAAAUAGAGACAAGUACAUGCUUAUCAAGUGUUCUGUUGAACCUAAGUUUAUGGUUAUCGAAUUAUGUGAUGACAUAUCCAUCGAUACCAUUCAACUUGCCAACUAUGAGUUCUUUUCUAGCACAUUUAGAGAUGUAAAGUUCAGUGUUAGCAGCACAUAUCCUCCCAAAGGAUCUGGCUGGACGGAUCUUGGAACGUUUACUGCUCGGAAUGUCCGGACUCUGCAAAGCUUCCAAGUAGACUACCCAAAGAUAUGGGCAAAAUAUCUUAAAGUUGAGUUUCUUGAUCAUUAUGGGUCUGAGUUUUAUUGUCCGGUCAGUAUAAUUCGGGUUUAUGGAAAGACUAUGCUUGAUGAAUUUCGGGAGGAACGAAAAGCAGAUGAUGAUGUGUUGGACAGUACAGAGAAAGAGCAAGCUGAAGCAGGUGCAGCAGAGGAUGGGUCAGCUGUUUCUUCUGAUGCCUCGCAUCCAAAUGCUACUAUGCAAACAAAUGGCAGUAAACGUGCUGCUUCUACUGGCACAGAUAUGAAUUCAGCCGCAGAGGGAUCGGAAAGCAAGAAUGAUGGAAUGAAUCAGAGUGUGGGAACACCGCAAUCACAAAUUUCUCAUGUAACAAAUGCUCACGAGGAAGCUUUGACAGCCACUCAAUCUGAGCAUUCUAGUGUUCUCUCUGGCAAACCGACCUUGGUGAAUCAAAAUGUGCAUGCUACAAAUCAGCAGGAAAGUAUUUAUCGGAACAUGUACAAACGACUUUCUGUCUUAGAAGAGAAGACAAACCAACUGAAGGCACAAUUGGCAAAUUUAGAAAAGCUUACUGUUAGUCAUUUCCAGGAAAGCAACUCUACCCUAAUUCGUGUGCGUGAUGAGUACAUAUCGUUACUUGAGGUUUCGCUUUCAAUUAUCCAUGCAAAGCAAGAACUUUAUGAUGCUGAGGGAGAAAGUCUGACGAAACGAGUGAACAUGCUUGCUCAAGAUUACCUCCUUCAAAAGCGAUUGCUCGUUUUACAGUCGCUUCUCCUUAUAUCUAUUAUUGUUAUACUUUCUUUCUGGAAAUCACCCUUUGUUGACCGGUUUUUCCGUCGGGUUUCACGGGCCCGGCAUGGCAAUUCAAGUACAACCUGGUCGCCGUUUUCCGAUAGAGCUGCUGCAUCUGUGGAACCAGAGACCCCUGUAGAUGAAAUUGUUGGAUCAAGCUCUCCAACCUUCCUGAAGCGUUUUCGGAACCGGAAGGUCGAAUCUGUUUUAUACCUGGAUACCCAGCAAAAUUCACUUUCUUCAAACGCUCGCUCGUCCAGUACAGAGCAGGUCUCUGUAAGUGGUCCUCCAAAACUACAUGCACGUAGUUAUACGGUUGCUUAACGAAUGUAAAGGUUAUUGUUUUUUUUUUUUUCUAUACUAGAAUAAUAUUAUUAAUGAGAAAAUUUAUAGUAUAAGCUAGAACUAAUGCUACGGUCAUUUAAUUACCUUCAUAGUCUAUUCCAUAUUCUUAUAGCUAUCAUGCAUCCAGUACUGGACUUCAGGUACUUGAGAGGAUUAUCAAGUUGAAAUUAAAGUGGCAAGGAUCACUGAUGGAGAACGUGUCC